AUGGCUCAAAAGAUGCCCGACCCAGGUAGCUUCACUAUUCCAUGCACGAUUGGGAGUUAUACCUUUGCAAAGGCAUUAUGUGAUUUGGGAACCAACAUAAAUUUGAUGCCUCUGGAUUUAUACACCAAAUUGGGCAUUGGCAAAGCUAGAUCGACUUCGAUGCUGCUGAAAUUGGCUGAUCGCACGGUAAAAAGGCCUACUAGGAUUCUUGAUGAUGUGUUGGUGCAAGUGGGGAAGUUCGUGUUCCCUGCAGACUUUGUUAUUCUAGACUGUCAGGUAGAUGAGGAGAUACCUAUCAUUUUAGGUAGGCCAUUUUUGGCCGCUGGGAGAGUACUGAUCAAUUGUGAGACUGGGGAAUUAAAAAUGAGACUGAACGAUGAAGAAGUCAUAUUCAAUGUUCAACAAUCUAUGAGGAGACCCAGUGAAUAUGCUAAUUGCUCUCUAGUGGAGGCAGUGGAUGUGAUCCUACAAGAAGAUGAUGUGACCCUGACUACUAAAGAUCUAUUGGAGGCAUGUUUGACAAAUUUAGAAUAG